GUUCUGAAACGAACCUCUUCUGGAGAAAUUUACCGUGAGGAAACGGUAGAAAAGGCUAUUGAAGACGGUAAAACAAAAAUCCCAUACACUAGGCUGCAGCUGACCCAUGGUUAAUUCCCACCAUUUACUAAUACGCCCGAACCCCCCAUCCCCAAAUCUUUAAAAUCUCCCCUCUUCUUCUCAUUUCAAUCACAUCAAAACCCUAGAAAACACACACACACACACACAAACACCAAACAUCAUAGUAGUUUCAAUGGAGCAAGAACCAGAGCAUGAAGUGUACGGUGGAGAGAUACCGGAUGAAGCUGAUAUGGACGCUGAUAUCGACAUGUCUCGGGGCGAUGAUGAAGAUGAGAAUGCUUCCAAGGAAUUGGAGGAAAUGAAGAAGAGAUUAAAGGAGAUUGAAGAGGAAGCAGGGGCUCUUCGCGAGAUGCAAGCCAAGGUCGAGAAAGAGAUGGGUGCCGGACAAGAUACAUCUGGCACGUCUUCUGCUACACUAGCCGAGAAGGAGGAGGCCGAUGCUCGAUCAAUAUAUGUUGGAAAUGUGGACUAUGCAUGCACUCCUGAGGAAGUUCAGCAGCACUUCCAAUCAUGUGGCACUGUCAACAGAGUGACCAUCCUGACCGACAAGUUUGGUCAGCCUAAAGGAUUUGCCUAUGUUGAAUUCGUGGAACUUGAAGCAAUCCAGAAUGCCCUCCUCCUGAAUGAGUCGGAGUUGCAUGGUCGUCAAUUAAAGGUGGCCGCAAAGAGAACUAAUGUACCCGGAAUGAAACAAUUUCGAGGCAGGCCAGCGAACCCUUACUUUGGGUUUCGAGGCCGAAGACCGUAUAUGCCUGGCCCACCAAUGUUUUCUCCUUAUGGUUACGGCCGGAUCCCAAGGGGAAGGCGACCAAUGCGUUACAGACCAUACUGAAGGCGUGCCGAUGGUGGCAUGCUAUAUUAGUGUUCUUGGACCAGUGACAUCAUAUGGUGCAAUCGAUCCAUUGGGAUAACGUCCUUAUACUGUAUUUGCUCACUAGGUUCAUUUUAUAGAAAUUUAAAUAUCAUAGCAUGCUAAGAAGGUUCAUACUGUACUAUUAGCUUGAUUCCGGAGUCUCCAAAACAUUCUCUUUUACCCCGGGACACACAUGGAAACAUGGUGCAUUUACCGGGUCGAUUGACCUUGUAUGUUAAGAGUUAUGCUUAAGUUAUAUGUUUUAAAUAGCAGCAGAACUUUUGUA